AUCACUUCUUAUUUUUUAGUUCCCCUAGAAUUUCCCAUUGUCUCACGAGAACACUUUAAUCGUUGGUACUCACUGCGAGCUUAUUAUGUUGCCAUAACAUUAGCAGACAUACCAAUACAGUUCGUAUGUACCUCAGUGUAUAUAGUCAUAACCUAUAUAUUAACCGAUCAGCCGCGAGAUGUAUUUCGUGUGGUAUUAUUUUGUGUGAUAAUAUUUUUAACAGCCUUAGUGGGACAAAGUAUAGGUUUAGCUGUGGGAGCUUCAUUAAACAUAAAGUUGGCUGCCAUUUUGGGUCCCUUUUUCAUUUGCCCCUUUUUGGCAUUUUCCGGUUUCUUUCUACAAGAGAAACAUACACCGGAACCAUUGCAAUGGAUAUUUAAAACAUCAUUUCUAAAGUACAGUUUAGAUGCCUCCGUCUUGUCCAUAUUCGGUUUUGAUCGGCCACGUUUAGAAUGCAAUGCCAUGUAUUGUCAUUAUUCGAGACCGAAAGUAUUUCUUAAAGAUGUCGAUAUGCUGAAUGCCAGUUAUGAAACGGCCAUUAUAUUUUUAGUUUGUUUAUUUUUAGCUUUACGUAUUGUAUCAUUUUAUAUAAUGUCCUUUAGAUUGAGAUUAUUUAGAUAGAGAUGAAUUACUAAAACUAUUGUUAUAAGAAUUAUAAAUUUUUAAUUAAAAACUGAGACAAUGUUUACUAAACAAUAGAAUAGUUAAAAAAAAACGAAUAUUAAUUUAAACAAAAAGAUUCUUGGUUUCUUAUAAAACUUAUCUAAUUAAAGAAAAAGUUUUAAAAGUAUUAAAAGACACCAAAGGACAUGAAAAAAAAUAAAAUUAAAGGUUGUUUAAUCACAAAUUAAUUUACUACUAGAAUUUAAAGUAUAUUUUUAUACCAAAAAUAAGAACAAACGCCCUCUACAUGUCAAAACGGACACCAAUUUUAAGCAAAUUAAGAUCAGAGUUGGAUCCUUGUAAAAAAAUAAUUAAAUAAUUAUAUAUCUACAUCAUUGCAAUACUUUUUUUUCUUAAACAAUUACUAACCUAUGAUAAUUAUAAAAA